AUGUCGCCACAGUGGCCACGUAACGACCAUUCUGAGGUGCAGAUUGAGAAGACAAAGGAGAACUUCCGCCUCCUCUACAACACCAAAGGCCGCUUCGUGCUGCAUAAGGUGGCCAAGGAAGAGGCGGGCUACAAGCUCUGCCGCGUGAAGCGCGUGACCCGAGGCCCCCGCGGCACGCCCUACGCCGUCACCCAUGACGGCCGGACGAUUCGCUUCCCAGAUCCUGAUGUGAAGGACGAGAAGAGAGCGAUGAGCUGGAGUGGUUCGGAGAGCAUGUCCUGCGACGAAGAUGUCCUCGCAACGCCACCCACGCAUUUCGAGAUGAACAUCAGCUUGCGGAUGCCCUCUGGCAAAGCAAUCCCUCUACGUGUUGAUUCGCACGGGCGCACGGACUUCAUCAUGCAGCAGGCCUUGCAGCAGAUCCCUGGAGGUCAUAACAGGUUUCCGCAGCUGAUCCUCAACGGGAAGAUGUUGGGGAGCUGUGCCUGCAUCUCAGCAUGCGGCAUCACUGAAGGCAGUGAGCUGAACCUCUUCCUUUGUCAUGACCCCCCGAAUGGUCCUGGCGACAUGGAGGGAGCGCCUCAGUGUUUCGGGUGCCCCGUCUGUGAUGAGAGUGAUGAGCAGUCGCCCUCCUCAGACAUCACCAUGCACUGCUGA